AACAAGAGUGAGUGAGUGAUUGAGUGAGUGAGUGAGUGAGUGAGCGAGCGAGUCAUUGAGUUAGAAAAGACGAGACAAAAUGCCGAUCAGCAGGUUUUCCGGUUCAGUAUCAGCACCAAAAGUAGAUGUAGCCAUAGACAUGGGCAAUCCUUUUCUCAAUCUCACCGCCGAUGGUUUUCUCAAGAUCGGCGCUGUUGCAGCAACAAGAGUGCUGGCUGAUGAGACAUUCCAUGCUAUCAAACGAGGAUCCAUUUCAUCUAGCAAUUUUGAGCACACCCUGAAAAAGAUGUGCAAAGAAGGUGCUUAUUGGGGAACUGUCGCCGGAUUAUAUGUUGGGAUGGAAUAUGGAAUGGAGAGAGUUCGUGGCACUCGUGACUGGAAAAAUGCAAUGGCCGGUGGUGCACUCACCGGAGCUUUAAUAUCUGCUGUUAACAGCAAGAACAAAGACAAGAUUGUGACAGAUGCAAUCACAGGAGGUGCCAUUGCAACUGCUGCAGUAUUUAUCAACUAUCUCACCUAAAUCGACGAAAAUCAAAAUUUCCGCAGCAUCUUUGGAAAAUAACUAUUAGAUUUCGAGCUAUUAUGUAACUGUAUUUUUGACGUAUAUUAAAAUGAAACAGCAGAUUUCUGUGCAAUCAAUCUAUAUGCUGAAAUGUUGAUUUCGAAAAUCAUAAUAAAACGAGUCUCAUUUUAAAUCCUCA